AUGUCUUUGCCGCAAAGGCCAGGCAAGGCCUCGCCGCGGCGCGAGGAAGUGCGUAGUGCCUUCCGCGAACCCUCUCAUCGUCGUCGCCGCCGAGACAUCGACACUGGGGCCUACAGCGAUAGCCCGCAGACCUCACCAUCAAACCACCGGCACCGCCGUCGCUCCCAGAGCCACCGGCGACCUGCCGAAGCCGAUGAGGAGCGCAUGGAGCACGGCGGGGAUCUGAGACGCAAGAAGAGUCUGGUGAAACCGGAGCGUCGCCGGGUCGACCCUGAACAUCCCAAUUACCAUUACCGCCAACGAUCGCACCACAUGUCCACCUACCCCUCCGCGACCGGCGAUGACCCGUUACUCGAUCGAGAUGGUGAGGCUGAAACCAACAGUUCGCGGAGCAUGGAUAUGAAAACCAAGGAGAACCUUUAUGGCGCCCAUGGUAACAUGAACAAACCCAUGGAGCGGGUUCCGAGCCGCCAUCGCUCGAAAAGGAAGAAGAGGUCCAGUCGGCGCUCGUCGAAGAGUAUGUCGGCAGAGGAGCGGAGACGACAAAAAGCCAUGGACCAAGUGCGCCCACCAGACUUGUGGACGACUUACUGCGCGCUAGUCAGCUGCUUGAUCCCCGACUUUGUGCUGAAAUGCUUCGGCAUGCCUCAGAGGGAACAACGAACGGCCUGGCGGGAGAAGAUUGGGUUGAUCAGUAUCAUUCUGAUGAUUGCUGCGUUUGUUGGUUUCCUGACCUUUGGUUUCACGGCGACUGUUUGUGGUACAACGCCAGUGCGUCUGAAGGUCAACAAGGUGGGCUCCGGCUACAUGAUUUUCCACGGCAAAGCGUAUGACUUGACGGGCUCUACUCACCCUGCCGCUGAAGGCAUUCCUGCUGGUACAAACGUUCUGUAUGAUCUGUCGCACAAGUAUGGCGGUCAAGAUGGCAGUUUCUUCUUCCAGCAAGUCAACGGUGCCUGUAAGGGCCUGAUCACAGCGAAGGAUGGCGGCGGUGUUCCUACAAACUCCAAGGGCGACCUGGGCUGGUACUUUCCUUGCGCAGCUUACAAUCAAGAUGGCUCCUCCGAGCCUAAUCUGACCGUCUCAUACUACCUCGGUUGGGCAUGCCAUACCAGCGCGUCCGCUCGCAACUCAUUUUACAACCUGGAUAGCUCUGGCGAUGUAUACUUCACCUGGGAGGAUACCAAGAAUAAGAGCCGGAACUUGGCCGUGUACUCAGGCUCUGUGCUUGACCUUGAUCUUCUGCGCUGGUUCAACACAACCCAGGUGUCAUACCCGGCUCAAUUUGACAGCCUACGAGAGAAUCCCGAUGUCCGGGGAGUUGAUUUGACAUACUACUUGCAAAAUGGCGAGGAGAAGAAAAUUGGGCAAUGUCUAUCGCAGAUUAUCAAAGUUGGGAGCAUUGAUACAGACACUGUGGGCUGCAUUGCGUCCAAGGUAGUGCUUUAUGUGUCUUUGAUCUUCAUUCUGUCCAUUGUCGGUGUCAAAUUUGCAUUCGCCUUGCUCUUCCAGUGGUUCUUAGCGCCCAGAUUCGCCGCGCAAAGGACAAGCAUGUCUUCAGAUACUCGAACGCGCAACCAGCAAAUCGAAGAUUGGUCCAACGAUAUUUACCGCCCUGGCCCUCGUGUUGCCGAUCCUCCAGUUCCAGAUCGUAUGAGCAAACGUGCCAGCUUCCUGCCGACUACCUCUCGUUUUUCCAGUCCGUACGUCGCCAGCUCAGGUGCUGGGGGCAAACAGCGUUCGCAGUAUGUCACCAUGGCCAGCCAGAACUCCACAUCUCGCCUUAUGCCAAGCUCCACGACGUCGGGUACUAUGUAUAAGUUGAGUCAUAAUAGCAGUGGCGGUACUCUCAGCGCCGACAACUCUCGUCAAAACCCCACUGCUAGCAAGACUAGUUUGGUUGGCCAUGGGCAUCAGGAUGGUGGCAUUUCUACUAUUGCCUCUGAGUCGGAGGGUCCUGGUCCUGCAGGAUUCAUUCACGAGGCAGUUGUUCCUCAACCACCGCCGGAGUGGCAGCCAUUCGGUUAUCCAUUGGCCCAUUCCCUCUGCCUUGUCACCUGUUACUCCGAAGGUGAAGAGGGUAUCCGCACGACGCUGGACUCGAUCGCUAUGACCGAUUAUCCGAACAGCCAUAAGACAAUUCUGGUGAUCUGUGACGGUAUCAUCAAGGGCAAGGGCGAAGAGUUCUCUACGCCAGAUAUCGUCCUCGGUAUGGUGAAAGAUCUUGUUAUUCCCGCAGAUGAGGUGCAGCCCUUCUCCUAUGUCGCUGUCGCCACUGGUUCCAAGCGUCACAACAUGUCCAAGGUGUACACUGGUUUCUACGACUAUGGCGAGACCUCCGUGAUCCCACCGGAGAAGCAACAGCGUGUUCCCAUGAUGGUCAUUGUCAAAUGCGGCACUCCCGCGGAAUCAACUCAGUCCAAGCCUGGUAACCGUGGAAAGCGUGACAGUCAAAUCAUCCUUAUGUCUUUCUUGCAAAAAGUGAUGUUCGAUGAGCGUAUGACCGAACUCGAGUUUGAGAUGUUCAAUGGCUUGUGGAAUGUCACUGGUAUUCCACCGGAUUUCUAUGAAGUUGUACUGAUGGUGGACGCCGACACAAAAGUCUUCCCUGACAGCCUGACGCACAUGGUUUCAGCAAUGGUGAAAGACCCGGAGAUCAUGGGUCUCUGUGGUGAGACGAAGAUCGCCAACAAGACAGAUAGCUGGGUAACGAUGAUCCAGGUCUUUGAAUACUUUAUUUCUCAUCACCAAGCCAAAUCCUUCGAAUCGGUCUUCGGCGGUGUCACGUGUCUUCCUGGUUGCUUCUCGAUGUACCGCAUCAAAGCCCCGAAGGGUGGCCAGAAUUACUGGGUGCCCAUUCUUGCCAACCCGGAUAUUGUCGAGCAUUAUUCCGAAAAUGUGGUCGAUACUUUGCACAAGAAGAACUUGCUUCUUCUUGGUGAGGACCGAUACUUGACCACUCUGAUGCUCAAGACAUUCCCCAAGCGCAAGCAAAUUUUUGUGCCGCAGGCCGUUUGCAAAACCGUUGUCCCUGACAAGUUCAUGGUUCUCCUGUCCCAGCGUCGUCGCUGGAUCAACAGUACUGUGCACAAUCUGAUGGAACUGGUGCUUGUGCGCGACCUAUGUGGGACUUUCUGUUUCAGCAUGCAAUUCGUCAUCUUCAUAGAGCUUGUCGGCACUCUUGUCCUUCCGGCCGCCAUUUCCUUCACCAUCUAUGUCAUCAUCAAAUCAAUUGUCAGCAAACCCGUCCAAGUCCUUCCGCUCGUCCUUCUCGCCCUCAUUCUUGGUCUACCUGGUGUUCUGAUUGUCGUUACCGCCCACCGCAUUAUCUAUGUUGUCUGGAUGGCGAUCUAUCUCCUCUCUCUCCCUGUCUGGAACUUUGUUCUCCCCAUGUAUGCGUUCUGGAAAUUCGACGAUUUUAGCUGGGGCGAUACUCGCAAGACUGCUGGUGAGAAGGACAAGGGACACGGCGCAGCUGAGGGAGAGUUCGACAGCACCAAGAUCACCAUGAAGCGCUGGCGCGAUUUUGAGAAAGAACGUCGGUUGCGAAACAGCACCUGGCAGCCACAUGCGCCUGGCAUGAAUGGUUAUUCGCAUUAUGAGACGUACUCGGAUUAUUAA